ACUCAGUCAAAAUCACUGCAGUAUGUAGAGCGAUAAUGAGUAGGUCUAUGUUCAGUCGUUUGUUGACAGCGACCCCGCUGAGAUUCCUCCGCGAGAGGCCACUUCUGAGUGCAGCUGGCCUGUUGUUUGCGACCGGUUCGGCAGUCUACUUUUAUAGCAAAUAUUACGGUAUCGGUGAGGAUGCACUGGCCACCGUGGAGAGCGUGGACCGUGUUGUCACGGUUGAGGAGGAUAAUGAGCCCACCCUGGACCAGGAGGACCCAGUCCUUGUUCAGUAUGUGGUUGAGGAGGUUGGGCACCGGCCCUGUCUGGCUUUAAUCCCUUGGUCUGGACCUCUGUGGGUUCCCAGCUCUCCAACAUAUUACCUUACCCAUGCUGGGAGGAUGCUGGUGAGAGAGCUGGCAGUGUUAAACACGCAGAUAUUCACAGUGGAGCAGCCCAUUUUCAUCUGUUUCACUCCUGCUAGGAGGAUGGUAUGGAAUGAACUGUCCUCUCAAAAUGAACAGUAUGUGGAUGAGGAGGUUGGGCACCGGUCCUGUCUGGCUUUAAUCCCUUGGUCUGGACCCUUGUGUGUUCCUAUCUUUCCUGUCUUCUCCAAGGCCAAACCAGUCUACUACCUCACUCGUGCUGGGAGAAUGCUGGUAACAGAGCUUGCAGUGUUAAACACACAGACUUCCAAAUUGGUUAUUGAGGAGCCUACCAUUCACCUCACUGAAGCUGGGAGGCUAGUGCUUGACGAACUGUCAGCACCUUCAGAUAGCCAUUCACAGCCAAAUAGGGAAGACUCUGGUUUUCCCUAUGAGAAGUUGCAGCUGGUUGGGAACUGGGGUUCGUUUCAUUUCCAUUACUGGAAGAUCCAUUAUGGACGAGUGCAGCAAAAUGAAGAGGACAUGCAUCACCUGUGCAUUGUGAGGGGAGUGGAGAAGCAGCUGUGGUGGAGCAGAGUCAUCCAGGAAAAAAUCCUGGACCCAUGGGGUCUCGUCCAGGUGGUCCUCACCAACAAGAAGCUGAUUGGUAUUAAGUUCCUUGGUAGAAGGAUCCAUGGACUCAUGUCCGGCCUUGUCAAGAGGAGGUCUGAGUUCACCUAUUAUGAGGAUGCCCAGCAGGUGGAUAUCUCCACCACAGUGGAGGGGUACCAGGAGAGGGGGGAUGAGAUGAUGGCAUAUCAGUUCUCCACCUCUGACAUCAUCACCACCCCUCAUGAGCCGUCCUCUGGCUCCUCUCACCAGUUCCCCCAGAAUUCUCCGCCUCCCCCUUUCCCUUCCGAUUCCCCUCCCAGUCCCCCUCCACCUUACCACUCCACCCAGGACCAGGACCAGACCCCUGACAGCACUCCUCAGGAGUUUGAGGAGGAGUUUGUGGAGGAGCAAAAUAAUGCUGCAGAUGUGCCCCAGUUGCGGCGUUACUUUGAAAACCAAGGGACAACCAACUUCUCUCUGAGGCUGGCCGCUAUCAGACGUGCUAUGGAGGCUCUGACAUCCUCAGACAGUACCUCCCUCAAUUACCUCACCCACGCUGGGAGGAUGGUGUUGAGUGGACUAUCCGAGCUCAACCAGCAGGAUGUGAGGCAGUUUCAGCAGGCCUACGACCUACUGGUGAACUUCAUUAAUGAGCCAGCAAACAGGGAGCGACUAGAGCAGGAGAUGGCUCUCGUAGGAAUCGACCGCAUCAACUUCGCAGAUGUUUUUUAUGAAUUCGUUCUACUAAGCCUUCUAGAAGGAAAGACAUCUCUUCCUAUAUCUGAGCCUGGUAGCUUCCUUUAUCUGCUCCUGCAAGUCAUAAUGAGGAUUGACCCUCCUGGAGGAGCCUGGACAGAGGCUGCUGAGAACUUCUACCUCCUCGUUAAGGGCCAGAUGAAGGCAUGGCUACAAUCCAUCUUCAACCUCAAUGAGUCAAUCUAUGAAAGCCCAGAGAGGCUCUCGGGGGAGGUGAUGCGGAAUCUAGAAAUACAGGUUGAGUUCCUGCUGUCCAGCCUGGAUUAAGGUUCCCAAACUGAGCUGAGGGCCCCAUCACAAAAUAAAGUCUUUUGCAUUUACAGUUUUUCUCAAUUGCUAAAACACUAAACCCUAUUGUCUGAACCAAAUGCUCAGUUGCCUGAA